UUGACUGAUCGCCAGCCUUCUCCAAACAGACCCAAAGCAUCAUAAAUCCGACAACUUCCAUUUUGUCUACAGAGACAGCCAUCGGCAACUUUUAAUCUUUCUUCAACUCCAGCUUCCUACUCCCUCAACACCGCCGCCAUGCCUCUCGAGGCGGUAAUGGUCGUUGUCGACAACAGCGAGAGCGCUAGGAAUGGCGACUACCAGCCAACACGCUUCGAUGCGCAGACCGACGCCGUCCAGACGCUCUUCCAGACAAUCACCAACGGCAACCCCGAGUCUUCCGUCGGUUUAAUGAGCAUGGGUGGGAAGGGGCCUGAAGUGCACGUCACAUUGACUACUGAAAUGGGCAAGGUACUGGAGGGCUUGCAUCAUACAAAGCAAAAGCUGGGCGGCUCCUCGCAUCUGAAGACAGCUGUCCAGGUCGCUGCGCUGGCCCUCAAGCACCGUCAGAACCGAGCCCAACGUCAACGAAUAAUAGUAUUCGUAUGCUCCCCGAUCGCCGACGAGAAGAAGGAGCUUGUUCAGCUGGCCAAGAAGAUGAAGAAGAGCAAUACGACGGUGGACUUUGUGCUGUUCGGAGAGCUCGACGAUGAGGCGACACAACAGAAGCUGGAGGCAUUCAAUGAGGCCGUCAAGAGCAACGAAGGCUCCCACAUGGUCGUGUUCCCUCCCAGCAGCAAGCUCUUGGGUGACCAGCUGAUAUCGAGCCCCAUUCUGCUGGGUGAGGGUGCUGACGGCCAGGGUGGCGGCGAGAGUGGUGGCAAUAAUGAGGAGUUCGAAUUCGGCAUCGAUCCAUCCAUGGAGCCCGAGCUUGCGUUGGCUCUGCGCAUGAGUAUGGAGGAAGAGAAAGCCAGGCAGGAGAAAUUGGCAAAGGAAGAAGAGGAGAAGGCGAAGAAAGAGUCGCUGGGUGAUGUCAAAGAAGAGGAUGAGUCUGGCCCCAGUGACGGCAGCAAGAAGAACGGCGACAAGAUGGACACCUCGUGAGCAUUCGAAACAAGGUCGCAUUCCUUCGGCGUCAUGGCGCUUGGUGUGCAAUAGACACAGGGACCAAGUAGACAGGGACACGAUAGGCGCGAGAGCUUGCCGCAUUGUGCAGCUUGUUUUGAUAAUGAGAU